AUGGCCGACUUUAACGAAUACCCCCCCGAUCUCCCCGUCCGCGACGCACUGAUUCUCCGGAACCACACCGCUGCUGAAUCCGCCCACGCGGUGGUGCCGUAUUCUGGGACGGACCUCGCGAGACCACAGCUCGGUCCAGCGAACCCCUUCAAAGGAAGCGAUGAGCCGAGCGUAGGGGACAAGCGAAAAAACGUCCUCACUGGGCGGGCGGAGGAGACGUUUAUUAGUGAGCAUACCUUUCGGGCGAAACACCGGGCGGUGGAACGGGAUGGGGGGCCGGAGAGGGAGUUUGUUGGGAGUAAGAGGAUGAAGGAGAUGGCGAGGGAGGUGAAGAGGGGACGGGAGGCGAAGGGGAGUGCGACGGUUGCUGAUGGGGAGGGAGCUUAUUUGGGACCGUGGGCGAAAUAUAAGAAUACGAGGUGGGAGGAGGUGGAAGUGGAAGAAGGGGGGGAGUUGGGGAGUGAUGAGGAGGAGGUUGAGGAGGAGGUGGUGGGGAGUGGGACUGUGAUCAGGGCGCCGGAGGUUAAUUUGCAAAGGAGGGAGGAGGUGGAGAAGCAAGGGGAGGAGACGAGUGUUUUUGAGGGGGGGGAGGAGUUUGAUUAUUUGGGACGGGGGUAUUUGCAUGUACCCCAGGAUUUGGAUAUUUCUUUGACGAAGGAGGUGGGAAGUGUCACGAAUUUUAUUCCGAAAAAGGUGGUGCAUGUCUGGAGGCCGCAUGGGAGGCAGGGGAGUGGGAGUGCGGUUACCAGUCUUAGGUUGUUUCCUGGGUCGUCACAUCUCGGGUUGUCGGGGGGCGCGGAUGGGUUGGUCAAGAUUUGGGAUGUGUAUCGGAAUCGGGAGGUGUUGAGGAGUUACAAGGGGCAUAAUAAGGCUGUGACGGAUUUGGACUUUGUGAGGGCGGGGGGAGCGGCGGGGAGGAGGUUUUUGAGUGGGGGGUUUGAUAGGAAGGUGAGGUUGUGGGAUACAGAGACCGGGCAGUGCGUGCAGAGGUUUAAUGUGGGCAAGACGCCGCAUGUGGUCAAGUUUAAUCCUGGGUCGGAGAAUGGGCAUGAGUUUUUGGCGGGGUUGAGUGACAAUCGGAUUGUGCAGUAUGAUUCGAGGGCGGGGAACGAGACGGUGCAGGAGUAUGAUCACCAUCUGGGGGCGAUUAACACGCUCGAGUUUAUCGAUGAUAGCAGGAGGUUCAUGUCGACGUCGGAUGAUCGGUCGUUGAGGGUUUGGGAGUAUGGGAUUCCGGUGGAGAUCAAGACCAUUAGUGAACCCGACAUGUUCGCCCUCACCAAGUCAACCCAGCACCCCAGCGGCAAGUAUGUGCUGUAUCAGUGCAGCGACAAUUCCAUCGUCGCCUACUCGUCAGGCUCGGACAAGUUCCGCCAGAACAGGAAGAAGGCAUGGAGGGGGCACAACACGGCCGGUAGCGCCAUUGGCAUUACGUGCAGUCCUGAUGGGCAGUUUGUGGCGUCUGGUGACACUGGUGGUAGCGUCUGCUUCUGGGAUUUCAAGACUUGCAAGCUGUACAGCAAGUUGACGGCUGACAGUUCGGGAGGUGCUAUCAAUUGUGUUGCUUGGUCGGAGCAGGAGACUAGCAAGGUGUUUACUGCUGGUGCCAAGGGGGAGAUUAGACUUUGGGAUUAAGGAGGAUAGUGUUGAAUGG